AUGAACUAUAACUCAAUUAAUCUAGUAAAAACACAUUUAAUUAAUUACCCAUGUCCAUUAAAUAUUAAUUUCUUAUGGAAUUAUGGUUUCCUUUUAGGUAUAAUAUUCUUUAUUCAAAUAUUAACAGGUGUAUUUUUAGCAAGUCGUUAUUCUCCUGAAAUAUCAUAUGCUUACUAUAGUAUCCAACAUAUUUUAAGAGAAUUAUGGAGUGGAUGGUGCUUUAGAUAUAUGCAUGCUACUGGUGCAUCACUUGUAUUUUUCUUAACUUAUCUUCAUAUUUUAAGAGGAUUAAAUUAUUCAUACUUAUAUUUACCAUUAUCAUGGAUAUCAGGACUAAUAAUUUUCGCAUUAUUUAUAGUUACAGCUUUUAUAGGUUAUGUUUUACCUUGGGGACAAAUGAGUUACUGGGGUGCAACUGUUAUUACUAAUUUAUUAUCUGGUAUACCAKSAUUARUWWYWUGGKUWUGUGGAGGAUACACUGUUAGUGAUCCAACAAUUAAAAGAUUUUUUGUAUUACAUUUUAUAUUACCAUUUGUAGCUUUAUGUAUUGUAUUUAUACAUAUUUUCUUUUUACAUUUACAUGGUAGCACUAAUCCUUUAGGGUAUGAUACAGCAUUAAAAAUACCCUUCUAUCCAAAUCUAUUAAGUCUUGAUGUAAAAGGAUUUAAUAAUAUAUUAAUAUUAUUUUUAAUACAAAGUAUUUUUGGAGUUAUACCACUAUCUCAUCCAGAUAAUGCUAUAGUUGUUAAUACAUAUGUUACACCAUUACAAAUAGUUCCAGAAUGGUAUUUCUUACCAUUUUAUGCAAUGUUAAAAACAAUUCCUAGUAAAAAUGCUGGUUUAGUCAUUGUUAUAGCAUCUUUACAAUUAUUAUUUUUAUUAGCAGAACAAAGAAACUUAACAACUAUUAUACAAUUUAAAAUGGUUUUUAGUGCUAGAGAAUAUUCAGUUCCUAUUAUAUGGUUUAUGUGUUCAUUCUAUGCUUUACUAUGGAUAGGAUGUCAAUUACCACAAGAUAUAUUCAUUUUAUAUGGUAGAUUAUUUAUAAUAUUAUUCUUCUCUAGUGGUUUAUUUUCACUUGUUCAAAAUAAAAAAACACAUUAUGAUUACAGCUCCCAAGCAAACAUCUAA